AAAUGCAAUUGGACGGCUAAUCAGUGGAGCUAAUGGAAGGAGCAGGCGGAAAGGAGAAAGGGGUCGCUAUCAACGCUAUACGUCCUGCAGGAAUCUGUAUACGAAGGUCACACCUACAAUCAAGUUUCGCGGUGUAGCUAUGACUUUUGACUCUUCCUGCUUCGCAUUCUCCACCGUCACCGCAACUUCACGCAGUGGUAGGGCUACUUUUCCAGGCAGUCAGGCACCUUCGGAUUGGUAUCUAAUUCCGGUAACGUGCUGUUACGCUUCUACAGUUCUACUUCAUUGCGUUCGUCGACCGAGCUGAUUAAUUUGUGAGUAUAUGAGUGUUUUUUUCGUCGCCCGCGAUCUUAGGUUUUGGUGUUAUUAGGGUAUAUGUGUAUAUGUAACUGAUUGAAUCGGAAUUUUUAUGUGCGAGUUUUGAAUUCUGUAUUGAGUUAUGUGAAUGAAUUGCCACGCUUAAAGGAUCUGAGUUUGUGUGGUGAAUUGGUUAGGGUUUAUGCAUGUUAACUAGUACGAUUUCCAGGAAUAUGCGUUUGUUUGCUGGUGAGAAAUAGAUUCUUGUAUUCUUUUAAAAUCUAUUCAUGUGCAUAAAGAGUGCAUUCAUAUUUGGAAUGCUGACAAUGCCAUGAACAAAGGUUUUUAUGCAUUGUUAAAAGCAUGUUUCGCCGAAGGUAAUUAAUAUCUGUCGACAAAUGCUAUAUUCAGUUUAGCCAUAGUAUCUGCUGGAUAUUUGUAUUAAAUUUUAUCAUUCUAUGACUAAUAUCGAUGUACAUUCCAAGUUCAACAUUCUAAAUUCUAGUUCAUAUAUAUUACUUUGAAUUUAGUUGGUGUAUUGAAUACGUAAGCGAUUGAUUUCACUCAUAAAUAUGUCUUUAAUUAUAGAAGACUGAUUUCUGUGCAAUUAUAGAAGAUUGAUUUAAUAAAGUAGUUGAAAACUUUGAAUGCUACCCCUUCUGCUCCGAUCCCAAACAUUUGGAAAGUGUGCAGGGUGUGAUAAGCUGCACAGGAGCGGAAUUUUGUAUAAGAAAAGAAGGUAAUGGCUGAUGGAAAUGUCUUGGUCAGCUUCUGUCCUGAUGAGAAAUCACUCAAGGAUUAGGAGAUUAUUGAUAUAGACCAUUAGAGGACAUGAACUGCAGCUGCUUUGGCUUUUCAACUGUUCGCCAGAAGAAACAUGACGAUAAGGAUCCUCAUCAAUCCAAACAAGAUGAAGAGGGGACCUCCAUUGCAAAGACCCAAAACUUCACAUACAAUGAAUUAAGAGCUGCUACUAAUAACUUUCAUCGAAGCAACAAAAUAGGGCGGGGAGGUUUUGGCACAGUUUAUAAGGGAAUUCUCAAAAACGGAAGAGAAGUAGCAGUGAAGAUGCUUUCCGCAGAGUCAAAACAGGGAGUGCGCGAGUUUCUAACUGAGAUAGAUACCAUAUCCAAUGUCAAGCAUCCAAACCUAGUUGAAUUACUUGGUUGCUGUGUGCAUGAACCUAACCGGAUUUUGGUGUAUGAAUAUGUCGAAAACAGCAGUCUUGAUCGUGCACUACUCGGCUCAAAGAGGUCUAUAAAAUUAGAAUGGGAAAGGAGGUCCAUCAUUUGCGUGGGGACUGCAAGAGGGCUUGCAUAUCUUCACGAAGAACUCGUGCCCCACAUUGUGCAUAGAGACAUCAAGGCAAGCAAUAUACUUCUGGAUCAGGACUUUCAACCGAAAAUUGGAGACUUUGGACUAGCUAAACUUUUCCCUGAUGACAUUACACACAUAAGCACAAGGAUAGCUGGAACAACAGGAUACCUUGCACCCGAGUAUGUGUUAGGUGGUCAGUUAACCAAGAAGGCUGACGUGUAUAGCUUCGGAGUUUUAAUCCUUGAAGUGGUCAGUGGCGGAAGCAGUGGAGAUACAAAUUAUGGAGGAGUCCAGAAACUGCUAGUUGAAUGGGCAUGGGAGCUUUAUGAACAGGGGAAAUUGCUCGAAUUGGUUGAUCCAGAACUCAAGGAGUUUCCAAAGGAAGAGGUUCUCAGGUUUAUAAAAGUGGCUCUCUUCUGCAUCCAAGCAAUUGCAAGUAGAAGGCCAACAAUGAACCAGGUUAUUGAGAUGCUGAGUAAGAAUGUCCGGCUCAAUGACAAGGAACUAACUCCUCCAGGUUUCUUUGAAGAUUCGGAUCGAAAGCGUGGUAAAAUCUCCAAGGAUAAGUCAAUUAGCCAUCAGAUGAGUUCGAUUCCUGUUUCUAUCACUGAGGUUGCUCCAAGAUAAUCCAUUUUCACAAAAUGAUGUUAAAGCUUGAUUUUGAUUUCCCAUGUCAUGUUGUUUUUCCUAUGAUCCACAUUAGAUAAAUAUAUGUUGAUACUUCCGAGUUGAGCUAUAAAUUUCGGAGAAUCCAAUCAAUAUUCUGUUGGAUUA